AUGGCGACAUCUUUCUCUCUUAUUGCUCGAUCGACAGGCCUUCCUGUCCAUCAAUGGUUGAUGUGUCUAUUAUUUAUGGCACUGUUUUCUUCCUCAUCAACCACAAUGCUCUCGAUGGUGCAUGCUCAAAUCCUUCCAUCCAUUCAAUUCAAUCAAGCCAUUGACUCUGCCAUGGCUGAAUUGCAAAGUGAAUCGACUUUCACUUCCUUUAUUCAACAAGCACUUCCCUAUUACUCCAUUCCAUAUUGUAACCUGCGACCCAAUUAUCCAUCCUUUUCACCAAUACCCUCCAACGUUAAAACUCUCACUUGUUGUGGUCCCUAUAAACCAACAGAAGAUAACUGGAGUAGUGUCUAUCGAAAGGUAGCCACAGGUCUCGCUGACAAGUUGAACAGCAAAUAUGGACUUCAAUUGUCCUCUGUCUACAAAGCCAUCAAUACCACUGAAUUGGGAUACUUUGAGAGUUUACGAAAGGCAGUAAAUACUGGUUCGUGCGAUGUCAUUGUCUCCGAUACCACUUUUACCACUGAGAGAGCUGCUGUGGUUAAAUUUGCAACUUGUGCCUAUGGAUCCUCCACGAGUGGAUUCCUACGAACUGCUUUGGAUGCCAAUGGUACUCGAAUUGAUGAAUUGUCCCAAUUGAAUGCUCCCAAUUAUAUUGUGGCUUUCUAUGCAAGCACUGUCUAUGAAAUGGCAGCCAAUACGACUCUUCCUCUCGCUCAAAAGAUCCGAGUGACUUCUCUCAGUGAUGAUCCUUAUAAUCUUGUACUUCAGAAUAAGAUUCAUGCAUUGAUUUCGGAUGCAGCUGAUUUGAAUUCUUGGAAGGCUACUCAUAGUGAUCAAUGUAGUGUGUGUUAUGUGAAGGCUUUUGGUGAGCAAUCUCCUUUUGGAAUCUUUACAGCUCAGACGACGAGAAGUUCUGGAAGUGGAUUUUCAAUGUAUGGAUCGAGUCCAAUGAGGAUGAUAAUGAUUGGUGUGUUCGUCGUCUUGAUGGCUCUCUUUUCUGCAGUAUAA